AUGUAUCUCUUUGAUACUUCCAACCACAUUCGCAAACCAUAUAAUACUGAAAUUGGAAUUCACGCAAAUUGCUUGAAAACCCUAUUUAUGUAUCAUGAUAUGCUUCCUGGAAAUUGUUCCAACGUGAACAAUGAGAACGAUCCGGGGCAAAUUCGGAAGAGAAAGCUGGCACUGUUCCGCUCCUUUCCAAUUGAUUGGCAGGGAGAUUUUAUCAAUUCGCGGAAUGAUCCGGCGAACGACGAUAAUAUUACGUGGAAGGAUAUUGUCAGUUGGAUGACACAGAAGAAAAGAACAGUGGACAGGAAGAGACUUAUGCAGGAAAGUUCUCCCCGUCAAACUCGACCUGGUAAUCGCACAGGCGGUAGAGGCCUUCACCACAAUCGUUUUCGUGGUGGUUGUGGUCAUGGUCGACCAAGCAAUGGUUAUCAACCAUAUCCAAGACCCUCAAGCUCUCCAAGAUAUUCUCAAGGGACUUCACAAAAUUUUCAACGUGGAGGCAAUUCCCAGCAACAAAACCAAGGACGAUUUCAACCAAGACACCCCAACAAUGGUGGCAGAGGCCGUGGAUUCAAUGGCCAGCACAGUGGACGCUCCCAACCAAUUCCCAGCAACAAAACCAAGGACGAUUUCACCCAAGACACCCCAACAAUGGUGGCAGAGGCCGUGGAUUCAAUGGCCAGCGCAGUGGACGCUCCCAAUCUGGUCGUUUUCAGCCAGGACGAAACUAUCAAGGCAGAGACCAAUCACAUCAACAAAACAGUCAAAACUUCUAUGCUGAGUCGCACUAAUCAAGAAGCUGAAAGCUUCGCUGCGGAAUGCAGUGUUCCGGAAUGGAACCAAGACGGAAUGUCUUAUGGCGGAAUGCCAAGUGCCAAGCAGUACCAGCAUCAGGAACAAUAUUAUCAAGCUGGAGAAAAUCAGCAAUGGAAUGAUCAGUACAACUAUGAACAAGAAGAGUAUUAUCCUGAAGAACAGGAGGCGCACGAACAUUUUUCCUAUGAUGAGGAUUCGCCAUUUUCCUUUCAGGAAGAGCAUUACUGA